ACAUGCUAUCAGUGCUAAAACGAUCGAGACUCAAAUUGCGUCUCGGUCUCGGAUUAUUUAAUAAUAAUAUUUUUAAUAUUAAUAUUAUUAAUAUCCAGUCACAGUGGCAGUUUUCAACACAGUCAGAGGCAAAGGUACACAUCUGAGUUGGGCAGACAUCAUAAAACUCCAGUAAUUCAAAAUAUCAGCCUUCAUCGAAAUUGAGCUCAAUACCCAUCAUUUCAGAAGCCAAGUGCGUUACCACUCAGCCAACCCUCCCACUGAAAGAUUUAUAUUGCAUAUUUUUGCACCCUUCCUUUUUGAGUACACCUUUCUUCUACUGCAUCUCCUCCCACAAAAAAAGCAGACAUGACUACUCCUAAAUCUAUAGCCUGUAAUGCUAUUGACAGAGCCAAUGACUGUCUACGAGAGAUAAGUCUUGAUAUAUGGGAGCACCCUGAGCUAUGCUUUCAGGAACACCAUGCACAUAAAGUAUUAACAGAUUUCUUGGAACAAAGAGGCUUUAAGGUGGAAAGAAAUUACAAACUAGAAACUGCAUUUCGUGCAACAGUAUCUAAUAGUGGGACUGAAGUGGAUGCUCUGAACAUAGGUGUUUUAUGUGAAUAUGAUGCCUUGCCUGGGCUUGGUCAUGCCUGCGGUCAUAAUCUUAUAGCAAUCAUGGGUCUAUCUACAUCUCUUGGGAUACAGGAAGCACUUCUCAAGAGUAACUUGCAAGGAAAGCUGACAGUCAUUGGUUGUCCAGCCGAAGAAGGAGGUGGAGGUAAAAUAGACUUAAUUAACGCUGGUGCCUUCAGUGAUAUUGACCUCGCAAUGAUGGCUCACCCCUCACAGCACAAUGUACCGAAGCCUGUUUAUGUAGCCAUGGCUCAGGUUAAUGUGACUUUCAAGGGGAAAGCAAGCCAUGCAUCUAGCUACCCAUGGGAAGGGAUUAAUGCCCUUGAUGCAGCAGUGUUGUGUUACCAGAAUAUUUCCUGCAUGAGACAACAGCUGAAGCCUACAUGGCGAGUACAUGGUGUCAUCACAAAUGGUGGAGAAAAGCCAAACAUAAUUCCAGACAAAUCUGAGUUACUUUAUUACAUCAGGGCUCCUUGUUUGGCAGAGCUCAAAGAGCUUCAGAGAAAACUCACUGGUUGUUUUGAAGGUGCUGCUUUGGCAACAGGCUGCUCAGUGAAUUAUGAGUUUGAUUCAAAGUGUUAUGAUUCACUCCAGUCCAACCCUGUACUAGCUGAUCUUUAUGUGGCUAACGGUGAAACAUUAGGCAUAGAAUAUGAGACGGACGUAGACAGACUAUUGAAGCCAGGUGGCUCCACAGACAUGGGUAAUGUCUCUAAAGUUGUUCCCAGCAUUCAUCCCAAGUACAGUCUUAAUACAACAGCAAGCUUACAUACAACAGAGUUCAGGGAUCUUGUUAAAACUGAAGCCUCUCACAAGAUAACUUUACUUCAUGCUAAAGCUUUGGCCUGUGCAGCGAUAGAUGUUUAUCAAGACACAAGGUUACUGGGCAAAAUAAAGGAAAGUUUUCAGUCAGCUGAUUAGUUGAAAUAACUAAUGGACAUAUUUAUAUAUACAAUUUGUCUAAAUAUUCAGUAUCCAAGUCUUUUUUGUUGUUUUUUUAUGCAGAUUUGUAUGUAUAUUUAUUAUUAAAUGUGAAAAUCUAAAUUUGUCUUUUACUUCAAAGAACUAACACAAAAUACAAUCAGAUUGUUGGUUGCUAUUUUACAUUAUACCUAGUGUUAUUAGAAUUCCAAGGCUUUGUUUAGUAAUGAGAAGAGUCACUGACUGCAAACUCCUAAACUAUGUGAAGGGAACUAAGUUUUGUAUUCUUGUUUAAACUAAACAUGGUAUUAUACUACCCCAGUUUUUUUUAAAAUAAGUCCUUCUAAAAGUUA